GGGUGACUGGCGGCAUGUCGGCGCUGGGUUGGGGCCGCGGCGCGGUGGGGAUCGGCAGGGUGCUGCGGUCCUCCAGUCGUCCCCGCUCCGCGGCGGAAGAAGAGACCAUCGGUGGCCUCUGGGGUCCCAGAAGGAGCUCGUCUGCUAGCCCCUGUGAGCAAGACCGCAGGAAGGACUGGAGCCAUGCGGAGCUGCUGGAGGUGCUGGAGGCACGCGUGCGACAGCUGCAAGCAGAGAGUGUGUCUGAAGUGACAAUGAAGCAGGUGGAAAUGUCCCAGCUUCCAAAAGGCAGGGGCCGCUGGGCGGAGAAGCUGGACCAGGAGAGGCAGAAGCUGCAGAAGCGCCAGCAGCAUCUGAAGGUGCAGCUGCAGGAGCGCAGCCAGAAGCUGGCCAUCAGGCUGCAGCCCUGGACCCUGCGCAUUGAACCCCGGCUUCUGAGUGGGCAGCUGGCUAGUUGCCUGCAGCCUGCAGCACACAGGGCCUCUGAGAGCCCCUGGGAGGAGCGCUUGAACCAGGUGCUGCGGGAGGCCCCACGGAGGCGGAGCUCUGAGAAGCGGGCCCAGUCCAAGCCCAACCCGGCAGUGGAAGCACAAGUCUUAAGCCAGCAGCAGAAGCUCCAAGCCUUCUUCGAGUGCUGCCUGGCCACUGGUCACCUGCCCCUUGCACACCAUGUGCUGGUCAGCCAUCAUGGCAGGCCCCAGAAGCAGAAGCUGCUCACACUGGCCAUGUAUAACACGGUCAUGCUCGGCUGGGCUCGCAAGGGCUCCUUCAAGGAGCUGGUUUACGUGUUCUUCAUGGUGAAGGAUGCCGGCCUCACCCCAGACCUGCUGUCCUAUAUGGCCACACUCCAGUGCAUGGGGAGAUUGGACCAGGAUGCCCGCACCAUCAAAAGGUGUCUAGAGCAAAUGGCCCAGGAUGGGCUGCAGUUACAGCAACUCUUCACAGCCCUGGCCCUGUCCGAGGAGGAGCGGGCUGCACUUUUGAGGGCUGUGGUCAAAGCUGAGCCUGCCUUCAGCCCCCCGCCACAGACCCCACCCCAGGUCAACACCUCGACGCUGCUCAGGGAGAUCUAUGCCCAGGAUGGACCCGUGUCCUACCCAAAGCUGCACCUGCCCCUGAAGACCCUGCAGAACUUCUUCCAGAAGCAGCUGCACGUGGAGCUGACCAGCAGUGUUCAUGUGGAGUCUGUGGAGAAGGUUCAGGGGCUGACCAAAGAGAACAUUCAGGCACGGAAGACCCUGAAGACCCUGCGUGUGCAGUGGGAGGCAGCGCUGCUCCGGCUGCUGCAGGAGACCAAGGCCAGCCUGGCCCAAGAGGCUCACAAGGGCCGUCCCACGCUCUACCCUUUCCUGUGCCUGCUCAGCGAGCAGGAGCUCGUACGGAUGCUUUUGCAGGCCUUGUAUGCACUGCCCGCCCAGGGCGAGUCACUCAUCACCCUGGCCUAUGAUCUGGGCCUGCGGACCUUCAACCGACAUGUUGUGCAGCAGAAGUGGCUCAGCAACCAGGUGGAGGAGCUGAAGCAGCGGUACACACGGUACCUGCAACUGUUGGCCUCUGACACUCAGGUGGCUGUACCCUACCUGCCUCGGCAGUACUGGGAGGCACUGGGGGCACCUGAAGCUCCGCCACAGCGGCCCUGGCCCCUGCCAGUGGUCUUGCAGCUGGGCAAGCAACUGGCUGAGGUGCUGGUGCAGGCUGUGCAGAUGCCCCGCAACCUGGCUGCCCCAGGCGCCUGCAGGCUCAUCCCCGUGCUUUACCAUGUCUACUCCUUCCGGAGUUUCCGCCAGAUUGGCAUCCUCAAGCCGCACCCAGCCUUCACGCAGCUGUUGGCUGCUGCAGCAGAGACCACACUGACCUUUGAGGCAACUGACGUUCCCAUGCUGUGCCCCCCGCUGCCCUGGACCUCACCACAUGCAGGUGCCUUCCUGCUGAGCCCCACCAAGCUGAUGCGCUCGGUGGAAGGCACCAUGCAGCACCAGCACCUGUUAGAGCGCUGCCCACCUGCUGAGCUGCAUGGUGCCCUGGAUGCACUUACCCAGCUGGGGAACUGCGCCUGGCGUGUCAAUGGGUGCAUACUGGACCUGGUGCUGGAGCUCUUCCGGGCCAAGGGCUGUGCCCGCCUGGGGGUGCCACCACCUCCCUCUGAGGCACCCCGGCCUCCUGAGGGUGUCCUGCCACCUGGCACACCACCUGCCUACAAGGCUGAGGUACGGCGGGAGCUGGCACGCUGCCUGAAGGUGGCCCGUGAGAUGCACAGUCUGCGCAUAGAUGCCCUGUACCGCCUCUCGCUGGCUCAGCACCUGCGGGAAUGCACCUUCUGGCUGCCCCACAACAUGGACUUCCGGGGCCGCACCUACCCCUGCCCACCACACUUCAACCACCUGGGCAGUGACCUGGCCCGUGCUCUGCUGGAGUUUGCCGAGGGCCGCACGCUUGGCCCUCAUGGCUUGGACUGGCUCAAGAUCCACCUAGUCAACCUCACUGGGCUCAAGAAGCGCGACUCACUGCGGGCCCGCCUGGCCUUCGCCAAUGAGGUGAUGGAUGACAUCCUGGACUCUGCGGACCAGCCCAUGACGGGCCGGAAGUGGUGGAUGGAGGCGGAUGAGCCCUGGCAGACCCUGGCCUGCUGCAUGGAGGUGGCACGGGCCGUGCGGACCCCAGACCCUACUGCUUAUGUCUCCCACCUGCCUGUUCACCAGGACGGCUCCUGCAAUGGUCUGCAACACUAUGCUGCCCUGGGCAAGGACAGUAUGGGUGCCGCCUCUGUCAACCUGAUGCCCUCAGACCUGCCACAAGACGUGUACAGUGAGGUGGCUGCAAAGGUGGAGGUGUUCCGCAGGCAGGAUGCCACGAAGGGCAUACGAGUGGCCCAGGUACUUGAGGGCUUUAUCAGCCGCAAGGUGGUGAAGCAGACGGUAAUGACUGUGGUGUAUGGGGUCACCCGCUAUGGAGGGCGCCUGCAGAUUGAGAAGCGCCUCCGGGAACUCAGCAGCUUCCCCCAGGAGUUUGUCUGGGAGGCCUCCCACUACCUUGUACGCCAGGUUUUCAGCAGCCUGCAGGAGAUGUUUUCAGGCACCAGAGCCAUUCAGCACUGGCUGACCGAGAGUGCCCGCCUCAUCUCCCACACGGGCUCUGCAGUGGAGUGGGUCACCCCCUUGGGCAUCCCCAUCAUCCAGCCAUACCACCAUGACUCCAAGUUUGUGGUCAGAGGCGGGCUCCAAUCCAUCACCUGCAUCAGCAGUGCAGACAGCAACCAGAAGCCCAACACACUCAAGCAGAAGAAUGGUUUCCCACCCAACUUCAUCCACUCACUAGACUCUACGCACAUGAUGCUCACCGCCCUGCACUGCUAUAGGAAGGGUCUGACCUUCGUUUCAGUGCACGACUGCUUCUGGACACACGCAGCUGAUGUCCCAGUCAUGAACCAGGUAUGCCGUGAGCAGUUCAUCCGUCUGCACAGCCAGCCCAUCCUGCAGGACCUGUCCAAGUUCCUGAUGAAUCGCUUCUGCCUCAGCCCCAGUGCCACGUCCAAGCUCUCCGAUCGCAUCCUGGUCACCAAGCUGCAGGAGACGCUGCAGUCUGUGCCAGAGACAGGGGCCUUCGACCUGGAGCAGGUGAAGAACUCCAUGUACUUUUUCAGCUGAUGCAGGCCCUGCCCACUGUCCCCAGGUGCCCUGUCCAUAGUGUAAAUAAAGCUGUCAUCACCCACGGGAGCUGCUGCCUUCUAGGGAUGCGCGCACC